CUGCUUCCACAACUCCUGUUGCAGUUUUUCAUUCUAGAGAGAGAGAGAGAGUGGGAAAUAAAGAAACGGUCUUGGCCCUCAUUAUUUGACUUUUGUAUUGAAAUUCCGUAUUUUCCCACAACUUUAUUCGCUUCUGUUAUGGAAUUUCAAUUCGUUGGCCUCUGCCUCACGGACUGCAAAUUCCAGGACCUCUGAAAUCCGCUCCUUCGUCUUCUUCUCAGCCUUCCUUCCUUUGUCGUUUUCUCUCAAGGCCUUCUGCAGAUUGGCUCCUUGAUGGUCUCCUUGACGUCGUUGAUGAUAAUUAAUUCAAGCCAAUCCUCCAACUGGGUUUGCGCAGUUUCGAGCUCUCUCCCUCAUUAAUGUGAGUUUCAACGCUUUUGUUUACCCGUCUUUGUCUCUGUCUCUGUCUCCCUCGUUACUAAAAUAAAUGCAUGAACAAGAAGAAAGAUUCCUAACCCAACAAUUUCCCAAUUCACUGGAUCUUCAAACUCAUCAAAACAACCCGAGAAUGUUCUUUUAAUCCGAUUCCCAAAUCCCAUAUCAAAAUACCCUUUUGAUUGUUUGAUCAAACUCUCUUUGUUUGAAUCAAAUUGGUGGGUUUUGGGCUGAUGGGUUGCGCAAACUCGAAGCAAAAGUCACGAUGCCGGCACUGCCAGAGCCCCUAUUCUCCAGUUUCCCGAAGCUACUCAAUGCACGUCCACCACCCACCUCAAACCAAAGGCGAUAGCUACCAUGUUGUUGCCCUCACCUCCUCCACCUUGGGCUCUCUCAAGGUCGAUCCCUCCCUUCAAAGCAACCACCACCUCGAGGCCAAGAGAUUUGCUAAUGGCAAUGAUCACAUCGACAAGGACAACAUAAUUGGUAACGGUCACAAAACUGAUGAACAUGGAAAGGAAAAUGUGCAGGACAACAAAAAGGAAUUUUCAAUGGGACUAAUCGAAGCGAAGACAUGGUCUAAUAUGAUCGAUCAGAAAAUCCCAAAAAUUGUACCCAGGACACCAAUCUGGACACCCCCGGGCGAGCCCGAGACGAUCAAUACUUGGGAGCUAAUGGAAGGCCUUGAAGACAUAAGCCCUUUCAGGUCACCAGCUCAUCACCUCCGGAGUUUCUCUUUUGAUGUUGUUAGGAGCCCAAGUCCAGUGCCCACUUCCCCGGCUGAUCGCCCCAAAUCAAAGCUACACGAAAACGGUACCGUGUCACCUAAGCCCAAGUGGCUUCAAUUGACAGAAGACGAUCGUGUGAAUUCCAAUUCCUUGAUCUCAGACUUUGAUCCCGAAGUCAUUUCCGCGUUCAGAAAAUCGUUAUCGGAGCUCAAAUCCGACGACGACCCUUUUCAUUUUUCACAGUUGGGUGUCCAAAAGCAGCCGGCUUUGGCCUGCAAUGGCGUUGUUACAGAGUACGAAUGUGAUGCAGUACCUUGUGGCAAGGUAAAGGACAACAAGGACAGGGAAAGGGUUGUAUUGUACUUCACGAGCCUCCGAGGUGUAAGGAAGACGUACGAGGACUGUUGCCAUGUGAGGGUGAUAUUGAAGGGCGUAGGGGUCCGGGUCGAUGAGCGAGACGUUUCGAUGCAUUCGGGGUUUAAGGAGGAGCUGAAGGAGCUUUUGAAAGAUGGGUUCAGUGGGGUUGCCCUGCCCAGAGUGUUUCUGGGAAACAAGUACAUUGGUGGAGCUGAUGAAAUUCGGCAAUUGCACGAAGAUGGGAAGCUCGAGAAGUUGCUUGAAUCUUGUGAAAAAUUGGAUGGUGGCGGGGCUGGAGGUGGUGGAGUUUGUGAUGCUUGUGGGGAUAUAAGGUUUGUGCCAUGUGAAACAUGUUCAGGGAGCUGUAAAAUAUAUUAUGAAGAUGCUGAUCGUGACGAAGAAGAUGAAGAAGAAGAGGAGGAAGAAGCAGAGGAGGGUGAGUCGGGGUUCCAACGGUGCCCAGAUUGUAAUGAAAAUGGCCUAAUACGUUGUCCAAUAUGUUGCUAUUAGUUUUCUGUGGCCUAAACACAGGUAGUUUUGACCAUUUUUUUGUGCUUCUUUUGGGUUUCUUUCUUGGUGAGUUGUUUGUUGUACAGUAAAGAGUUUUGGUACAUUCCAUUUCAUGAGAGAAAAAAAAAACUGCAAUAGGAAACAGUGAAUAAUGUUUCAAGCAGGCAGAAGCAGGUCCCCUCAACCUCUAUGAAGGCUGUAUAAUUUCCAUUAGUUUUGUUUCCAAAGAAGAAAACAAAUGAGAAAGCCUUGUAUUGUAAUACUAUA